GUUGCCGGGGCGGUUGCCAUGGAGCCCGGCCGGAAGCUCGGAGGCGGGCCCAGCGCGCGGCGGGUGGGUGGGGUUGAGGCGAUUGUGGUGGGCUUCUCCGCCCGAGACCCUCGUCGCGUCGCCGCCGCCGACAUGUCGCGGAGCCCCAGCGAGGCCGCGGAGGAGCGGGAGGAGUCGGCAGAAGAUAAUUCUCUUGCUCUGACCUAUGAUUCUGAUACAGAAACAACACUGAAGAAGAAAAUGUCUCGCAGGCUUACAAAAUCAAGAUCUCCAUACACCUCUCACACCUGCCUCCAUUCUAAACGGACUGGCUUUCUGCGGACGUUUAAAAGCGCAGAGGGUAAACGCUUUGAGGGCCCCUUAGUGAAAGCCUCGAGGCAGUAUUGGCGUGGGUCUCUGAAGCAAGGUACCUGGAUGAGCCACUCCAAGUCUGACAUUGGCAUCCGAACUGCUUCCUCCCCUCUUGCCGGCAGCACACCUGAGUAUCUCAAGGAAGCUUUGGGGAUGAAGAAACCGAAACACGCUCGCUCAGCCAGUCGUGGCUACAUCCCUGGGACUCCAGAUUACAAGGAGAAGGAAGAUAUGUACGACGAGAUAAUUGAGCUAAAAAAGACAAUCCAAGCUCAGAAGUGCGAAGCGGAUCGGAUGAAAACCAAACUUCGGCGGGUGGAAGAAGACAACAACCGGAAGGACAGACAAAUCGAGCAACUUUUGGAUCCCUUCAAGUAUUCUGAAUUUAGCUGGGUACGGACAGAACAGAAAAAUGAGAGCAGCUCGAUGAUAAAUGGUUUGAAGCAGAAGAUUCUCAGGCUAGAACAGCAGUGCAAGGAGAAAGACAACACCAUUAAUCAGCUCCAGGCAGACACGAAGAAUACCGACAUGGAAGAAAUGACGGUCGCUCUUCGUGUUUCCUACCAAGAGAUCCGGCGCCUCCAGAACCUGCUGACGCACUCAAAAGUUGUACAACGGAAGAAGAAGAAGAUAGAAAAGGGUCUGUGCAAUCCAAGGACAAUUGGCGGAUUGUGGCGCUCAAGAACUGCGGAGAACCCACGCCAGAAGGUGCUCAGCACGGCCAUCUUCCAGCUCUCCGAACGGAUGAAGGAGCUGCAGGACCAGAACGAAAGGCUGAAAGCAGACAUGGACCACGUUCUGAGCAGCUUCCUCUCGUCCAGCCGAGCCAAAAAUUACGUUGCUCGCCAGAGGCAGAAACUGCUCCAACAGAUUUCUGCUGGGGAAAAAGAAAUGGAGGAUGAGUUGCGGCCUUCAGAGACCAGCAGAGCGCUGUUGCUCUCUCCCACAGUUUCUGGAGAAGCGGAUCGCUCCAUUGCUAAGGAAUCCAAUCUCCCAGAAGCGUGUGAAGCUCUCGGCAAGACCAACGCGGAGCUGAGAGACCAUAUUCUCGUCCUUCAGGAUCAGUUGGCAGUUAAAGAGGCAGAAAUCCGGCUGCUGAAAGAGAAGUUGAGAGAGCUGGAAGGAAACCAAGCAACCACCUGUAGACAGGCUGGGAUUGAUGUGACACAACCUCCAGAUCAGGCUCCAGAAUCAUCUUCCAGGCUGUGCCCUUUGUCUGAAGUUGUUGGCUGCAAAGCAGGGAGGGAAGAGGAGGAAGAAGAGGAGGAAGAGAAGACAGCAGCAGCACCAGCCAUGAGCCUCAUUCGGUCUGCAUUCAAAGCUCACGACACGCAACCACCCCUGGAGGAACGGCCUAGCCCCUCCAGUCCCGGGAGAGAGAAAGCCAGGGAAGAGAAGGUGGGCUGGUCGCUAUUCAAAUUCUCUCCUCUGGUCUUCACUUCCGAUUCUGCUACCGCCUCCCACCAUCAGCGGCAAGCUUCCCCCUCCGGGGCUGAGUCAGACGACUCGGAUGAGAUCAUCACCGUCCUGUCUUCCUUCCCAUGAAGGACACCUCGUGUCUCUCGGCUCCGGCAGUUGCGUGUAACAUCCUCCGGGGUGCUCCCGGUUUGUGAACCAAAGACAUCUUGGUUUGGCCCAAAACGAAAAACAAAGACGAAGGAGAAGUAAGGGCACCCGUAAUGUCGCCGUGUCCACUUGGUGCUUUGGAUGAGGGUUACAGAUGUACACAUGUAUUCCCCAGCAGAGUGCAGGUAGUCCUCGGUUUACAACCACAGCUGGGCUCCAACCCUCUGUUGCUAAGCGAGAUAUUUUUUUAUGUUUUGCCCCAUCUUACGACUUUUUGUGCCAUGGCUCUUAAGUGAAUCCCUGCCAUCCUUAAGUUCGUAACACAGUUGUUGAGUGAACCCGGCUUCCCCCCAUUGUCUUUCCUGGUCAGAAGGUUGCAAAAGGGGAUCACGUGACCCUGGGACACUGCUGCUGCGACCGUCAUAAAUGUGAGUCCGUUGCCAAGUGUCUGAGUUUGGCUCCCAUGACCACGGGGAUGCUACAACGGUUGUAAGCCUGAAAAAUAGUCGUAAGUCACUUUCUUCAGUGCCGUUGGGACGGUCACUAAACAACAAGUUGAAAGUCAAGCACUACCUGCGACGUGAUCAGAGGCAAGUCACUCAAACGAAACAUCUUUUCUUCUUUUAGUCUGCGGUGAAUUUGGCUGCUGUUUGCAGCUGUAUCCCCUCCCCUCCAUGCGGUUCUUUAAACGUCCCAACUUCCAUCGUUCACCCCACACACACCCACACACACAUGGCCCCCAAGUAUUCUGGUCUUCUGCUCCCAUUCUGGUGGCGACAGAGAAACUGGUUGUGCUGAAAGAGCCUGUUGUGUGUCACUAUUGUUGGCUGGAAAAGCACAUCACAAACCUGUUAGGAGUCGCAACGCCUUUGGAAACAAAGUCAGAGGCCAAGCUUGGUAGGCUGUGUCCAGCAACAUGGGGACGAUUUUCUGUAAGCAAUAAAAGAUAAAGAAAUUAAGUCAUGUCAGGCCAUUAGCUUUUUUCCAUGUAAAGCUAGAAAUUACAGAAAGAAAGAAAAAAGUAUUUCUGUAAUCUUUGUCUCCGGCUUGCUGGAGACUGAAGUUAAAAUGUUGUUUUCGACCUUCGAUGCAUUUACACACCUCUCAUCUUUUUUUUUUAAUGAGUGUGGUUCUUUUUAUGGUACUUUAACUGGCUCAGUAGACCUCUGGAGCAGGGGUGAAAUGCUCCCGGUUCAGACCGGAUCCCCUGAUCCGGUAGCAAUGGCGGCAGGUGGUUCGGAGAACCAAUAACAAAAAUCCCUGCCCCCACCC